UAUUCUCUUCUCCUUUGAGGCUAUCUGUUGCUUCUCUACAUCUGCUGGUGAUUGGACCUGUCUAUUUGAUCCUCGCCGUUAAGUUGUUUGUUCCUUUAACUUGUCGAGGUUUUUACUUCAGCCCAAAUUUUGUUGUAGUAUCCCGUGCUCUGUGAUAAUUGCCACGAAUCAUGUCGGAUUAUAACAUAGCUUCACCCCCACCAAUGAGUGAAUCAUCUUUGGAGCCUGCCACUCCAUCCAGCCGUAGAGCAGGAAGAAGAGUUAGGCCCCAAUCACGAGCCUCUGCUACAAGUGUUGAAACUGGAAUUACUAAUGCAGGAGCAGCUGGCUCGGUUGCCGAUGAUGAACUACCAGAAUUUGAUGAUGAACAGGAUUUAGGUGGAGAUGAUGAUGACAAUGCAGUUUUGGAAGAGGAUGAAGAUGAAGGAGAGGAGCUUUUUGGCGAUAACAUGGAGGCAGAUUAUCGGGCCAUUCCUGCUCUGGAUCGUUAUGAUGGAGGAGAGCUGGAUGAAUCUGAUUAUGAUGCUAUCUCUGAGUCAGGUCGUAGGGAAGCAGAAAGAGCAAUGCGAAAAAGAGAUCAAGACAUGGGUGUUGGAGACAUGCGAAGAGGAUUGUUCUAUGAUGAGAGUGAUGAUGAUGAUGAGAGCCGUCCGGCAAGAAAACGACGAUUGGCCGAACGUGCUGCUGAAGGAAUGGAAGUGCAAGAUGAUCAGGCAAUUGAAUCUAUUGAAAAUUUGGAAGACAUGCAAGGCUAUUCAGUAAGUGAAUGGGUGUCACUUCUUGCUCCGCGGAUGGAGAUCCUCAACCGUUUCAAGAACUUUUUGCGAACUUACACAGAUUCAAAAGGCAACGCGAUAUUUAAAGAGAAAAUUCGGCACAUGUGUGAAGAAAACAAAAGUAGCUUUGAACUAGAUUAUAACAAGCUUGCAUCUGAAGAGCAUGUGUUGGCCUACUUUUUACCUGAAGCACCACUCGAAAUGCUGGCCAUCUUUGACGAAGCGACUAAGGAUAUUGUACUGGCGAUGUUUCCACAAUAUGAACGAAUUUCUAAGGAAAUUCAUGUUCGGAUUACUGAUCUACCUCUGGUGGAAGACAUCCGUUCGUUGCGGCAGUUACAUUUGAACCAACUAGUCCGUACUCACGGCGUCGUCACUGCACAGACGGGAGUUUUGCCACAGCUUUCAAUCGUCAAGUACGACUGUAACAAAUGCUCAUAUGUUUUGGGACCUUUCUCUCAAUCACAAAACAAUGAAGUGAAACCAACGUCCUGUCCAGAGUGUCAGAGUACUGGCCCUUUUCAGAUCAAUAUGGAGCAAACAGUAUAUCAAAACUAUCAGAGAGUUACAGUCCAAGAAGCUCCUGGUAAAGUGGUUGCUGGUCGUCUUCCACGAGCAAAGGACGCAAUCUUAUUGGGAGAUUUGUGUGAUACCUGCAAACCUGGUGAUGAAAUAGAACUUACUGGCGUCUACACCAACAACUAUGAUGGGUCGCUAAACACUGCCCAGGGAUUCCCUGUAUUUGCUACUGUUCUGUUGGCCAAUCAUAUUUCCAAAAAGGACGGAGAUGCAUCGACUCGUUCUUUAACUGACGAGGACGUCAAAGCAAUCAUGAGUCUCAGCAAAGACGAACGCCUUGCUGAACGUAUUGUCGCCAGCAUUGGACCCUCGAUCUACGGUCACAACGAUAUCAAAAGAGCUCUUGCCUUAGCUUUAUUUGGAGGGGAAUCUAAGAAUCCCGGUCAGAAACAUCAGGUGCGUGGUGAUAUCAACGUGUUGCUUUGCGGUGAUCCUGGUACCGCGAAAUCUCAGUUUCUGAAAUACGUGGAGAAGAUUGCUCCACGAGCCGUUUUUACAACUGGCCAAGGUGCUUCAGCUGUCGGUUUGACAGCUUAUGUCCAGCGUUCACCCGUUACGCGUGAGUGGACAUUAGAGGCCGGCGCCCUUGUUUUAGCCGAUAAAGGUUUCUGUCUCAUCGACGAGUUUGAUAAAAUGAAUGACCAAGAUCGUACUUCUAUUCACGAAGCUAUGGAGCAGCAAAGUAUUUCCAUUUCAAAGGCUGGUAUCGUAACUUCUUUGCAGGCUCGCUGCUCUGUCAUGGCCGCCGCCAAUCCGUUAGGUGGACGCUACGAUCCGUCUAUUACUUUUUCCGAAAACGUUGAUUUGACAGAACCUAUUUUAUCACGUUUCGAUAUCCUCUGCGUUGUACGUGACACUGUUGAUGCCGUCCAGGAUGAAUAUCUUGCCCGCUUCGUCGUCAACUCGCAUAUUCGGCACCACCCAAAUGAAAAUGUGUCAGAUCAUCAAGAGGAAAGCGCUCCCGUUGACAUCAACGAUACGAACCUUGCGGGAGUAGACAAAAUUCCUCAAGAUCUUCUCCGAAAAUAUAUCACAUAUGCUCGUGAAAAGAUCCAUCCAAAGUUACAUCAAAUCGAUCAAGAUAAGAUCGCUCGUAUGUACAGCGAUCUUCGAAGAGAGUCGAUGGCUACUGGCAGCAUUCCUAUCACUGUUCGCCACAUAGAAAGUAUGAUUCGAAUGGCAGAAGCACACGCUAAGCUCCACUUACGUGAAUAUGUUAUCGAUGACGAUGUUAACAUGGCCAUUCGGGUCAUGCUGGAAUCCUUCAUUGAUACCCAAAAAUAUUCGGUCAUGAGAACAAUGCGAAAAACGUUUGCCCGUUAUCUGGCCUACAAAAGAGACAACAACGAAUUGCUCUUCUUUCUUCUUCGCCAGUUGGUACAUGAACAGACAGUUUAUUUGCGCAACCGUUUCGACAGUGAGCCAGACACAGUAGAGGUUCUAGAAUCUGACCUCGUUGAUCGGGCUCGCCAGAUCAACAUACUUAAUCUCAAGCCAUUUUAUGACAGUGAGAUUUUCAAAGUAAAUCGGUUUACUCAUGAUGCGAAGAAGAAAAUGAUCAUUCAGACACUUUGAGAAGACAAGCAUGUAAAACGAUUUUGCAAAAUUAAUGGUGUCAAGCAAUUUGCCCUCGAGUGUAGAUAUAAUUAUGUCAAAUUGCAAGUUUCGCGCGUUUCCUUUACCCUCUAACAGAGCGUGUUUCUGGCCAGCAUUCAUGAAAUAAUACAUCGCUCUCUUUAUAG